AUGGCCGACCCCAACAAUCGGUCCAGCCGCUCCAACAGCUUGCAAUGCAUGCUGGAGCUCGAAAAGCGAUAUAACUUUGAUCGCCUUCACUCAUCGUCCGCGCCCUCGAACCCGACUUCUCAUCCUUGGUCCGCAAAAUUCACGAAACCGUCCUCCACCACACGCCCAGGUAUCCUCGCUCGUCGUACUGAAGCGAGCGCGCAGAAGAUUCGGCGGAAAAGUAAUGCGCCGCUUCGGGAUCUCUCUUUACCUCCACAACCUCCCCCUCUAGUCAUCAACACCGGUUCGCCUAUGACCAUGAGACGAUCUGAUUUGUUCAUGAGCCAGAGUCAAGAGUACUCGCCGACGGAACAGGAUUCUACCAUUGUUUCCACACCCAGAGACAAGUAUCGCAAGGUCGUUUCGUUCGAGUUCCCUCCUACCGAGUCGGCACCUGCGCCCUGCCAUUCGCCGAGCUGGGAGGCGUAUGAGAAACGGAAAACCGAGAAGAGGACGGAGAGAAAGGAGAGGGAUGAGUCUCGGAAUGGAAGGGCAAAAAAGCUAGUCAAGCCACCACCUGCGAGCUCGCCUAAUUCCAUGCAGCACACGUCUGCUCCCGAAGUCGAUGCAAGCAGGGGCCGUCAACGAGACCGACAAGAUAGCUCCACGGCUGUCAAUAACGCCAGCAACCCCCCUCGAAAAGCUCGAAGUCGCUCGGGGUCGUUUGUGUCCCUUCUCAGGGCUCCCUUUGAGUUUCGUCGCUCGUCCGUGGACCACGGCACAAACUCGAGCUUUAUCGGUGGCAUUAAGCUUGAGAUGCAACAAAAUGCCGCUGCGCAACAGGCACUUGAUGAUCAAGCCGUGGAGCAUGAUGAAUCAAAUAUUCACCCCGCACUUCGCAAAGGAAAAGGAAGGCAAAGUGAUAGAUGGUCUGCACCACUGAGGUCGCCACCACCACCACCCAGGGCCAGUGCCUAUGGCGAAAACCAUCGUCGCUACCCGCCCAUCACCAGAAGCAAAUAUCACCAUAAGACCAUGUCGCUCGUUUCGCCGACGGCACCCGCCGUUCCUGACCUUAAUACGAUCGACAAGUGGCGCGCCAAAGUUGGUCUCAAGCCCGGCUCUCGGCCCGGGUCGCGGAUGAGUUUGGAUGCUGAUGCUACUUUAGAAGGGACUGGUGCAGCUGUUGGGGACUUCAAGCUGAAAAUUUCCGAGCCAACAGAUAUACGGCUUUCAGACUCGGCAAUGUCAGCGAGCGCAUCACCAGCGAAGCCGACGGACGUCGUGUUCCCUGCUAGCCCGCCAGGAGAGGCGAUACUUGGGAAUAAGCCGAGAUUGGACUACAGUAAUAAUGUGUCCAUUUCGUCCUGCUCGACGGGCGAUACUUUCGACACCGCUCCGUCCUCGCCUCCCCCCGAACCGCCAAGGAGAAGCUCCAAAAGGAACUCCGCUCUGAUUAUGGACGGCUCGGUGCCACCUUUGCCAUCCCCGAAACAUUCCCUCCAAGACACCACUCCACCUCAACGAUCUUUCCCACUCUGCGAAGGACUCCAUCGCAAAGAAACGGCCAAGGACCGGCCCGUCGGAGCCCCAGUUCGAACGAGCCAACCGGCCACGUACAUGUCCUCACCCGCUUCCCACCUCCCGGGCAGCUCGUCCGAGGACUCUGGCUCCGAAGACUUUCUCUCAACCUCCAUCGUCAGCACGCCAGCUACUUCCCGACCGCAGUCUGAAAGGGGCAUACCACUCGACGCUGCCAAGGACGGUCACCUGGAGCCAGAACGCGACAAGGACAAACCAUUACUCGAGGUUCAAAACACCACGUAUCCUCCUCCUCAUGACAUGGAGGACACAGAAACCGAAAUCGAUUGCAUCCAAGCAGUGGCCGAGAAAGUGCUCCAUGCCUACACCAAAAUCCCCGUCCAAGCUCCCGGCCUCCGCCGACGAUCAAACUCCCAAUCCACACUCACCAAAGACACAAGCAACCCCCCACCACUUGAGCAUAGCCCCCUAGAGCUUCGCCAGAAGAGAGACAAGCCAGGUCCACCGUCGUCCGCCUCUGCCGCCUCUUUCGCAACGUACCUCGAAGAAGCGCGCCAACCGCCGCCAACCGCUCCCCCGCAGCGCGCACACAAGCGGCGCCUCGGGCCCCCAGCGUCCUUUGCCCUCCCAGACUGCGACUCGGACGCGGCUGCAACCGCAAAUACGCAAUCUUCUGUCCCAGAUAUUGUCGGCCGCUCUUUGCGGCAUAAAUCCACGCCCUUGCUGAGCAUGUCUGACCGAGAGCCCGUUGCCAAGGUGUUUGUCGAGUGCUGCAACUGCAAGUACUACCACGACAUGCCGAGUAACUUGUACGAGGCAAUGGCUAAUCCAGAGAGUGUGCUGAGUCACGUCGACAAGCUGGGCUAUGCGGGCGCCUUGGCUACGGCGGUCAAGUGCUCGUGGUGCAGGCACGAGAUGAGCACGAGAUGCUGCGCAGGGUUGGCGGCAACGGUGUACAUCAAGGAACGACUGCAUUAA